GUGACGCUGGGAAAAGGAAUGCCAACAUGGACCCGUGGCAAGGACGGGCUGUGAGCGUGCCACGACAAUAACACGACGAGGAAAGCAGCACACACGGACCUCUGGAAACCAUCGACGGCCGCUUCUCUCCGCCGAGCCUCCGAACCGCACACGAUUUGUGUAAUCCCACUUCUGGAUAGUGUUUCCUCGACAUCCUGUCUUCUGCGUUCGGCCUGGAUCAAUGGUGUCUCUCAGCAGCAGAACGCUGACUUUGGAGAAUGACUUGUUCAGGGACAGCAGCAGCAGCAGCAGCCUGUUCUCCCUCGGCCAGGGGGACGGAGCGCACAGCGAGGGGGACAGUUUGGCCUCGUGCGACAGCCCUGAGGCCAGGGAGCCGGGGGCUAUGCGCAGCUCCAGCCCUGGAGAGGAGGAAGAUGAGGAGGAGGAGGAAGAAGACGAAGAUGAGGAGGAGCAUCUGCAUAUUCUCCUCGGAGCAGUGGGAGAAGAGGAACCUGCGAGUCAGGAGCCUAAGCUGCCAGAGUUUUCUUUCCAUCCCUCUUCCCCAUUCUCGCCGACCCUGGAGGACAUAGAGGAGUUCUUGAGGGAAAAGAUGGAACUAGUCAAAGAGGGGCUUCUGGCCCCUAAAGAGGAGGCCUCCCCUGUCCCAUGCAGUGACUCGCCAUCCUCCACUGCGCUCCUGGCUGUGUCCUCAGAGACUUCCAGUGACCAAGGGACUAGUACCUCCCAUUGCACUUCAAACCCAAACACCCCUCAGAACGAGCAGAACAGCCCCAGCCCAGCUGACCCUUCCCCUUCUGUCCAAGUUAACUCCUCACCAUCCACCUUAACCCCACCAAUGCUCCUGGGCAGUCCGCUGGUCCUCCAGCUCCAGCCCCUACCUCUGGCCCAGCCUCAGACCCCAGCAGGCUCUCCUCCUGGGGCCCAAAGUGGCGUUUGGCUCACUCAUCUGGUCAUGGGGCUCCAGGGUGCGGCAGGACGAAAUGUCACCCUGCUGGCCCCUCAGGUGUCCUCCACCCCCACCACAUUGUUAUCACUAAAUAGUGGAGAUACCAAGUCAGCUGACCAGAAGUACGUGAAGAUCGCCCCUCUGCCUAUCACCAUGAGAACUAUAGAGAUCACGGGUGUGACUGGGGUCGGGGGGCCGGGCAGUGGUCUGUUGAAGGCUGUGGCCCCGCGUAUGACCAGAGUGCCGCCUACAGAGAGGGUCCAUAAGUGCUCCCAUCCAGGCUGUGAGAAGAUGUACACCAAAAGCAGCCAUCUGAAGGCUCACUUCCGCCGGCAUACGGGAGAGAAACCCUACACGUGUAGCUGGCCUGAGUGUGGCUGGAGAUUCUCCCGAUCCGACGAACUGUCUCGUCACCGCCGCUCUCACUCCGGCAUCAAGCCGUACGAGUGCUCGCUGUGCGAGAAGAAGUUCGCCCGCAGUGAUCACUUAUCCAAACACAUGAAGGUCCACCGCAGCUCCAGGCCCAGCAGGAUUAUCAGAGCCACUGUGUGAUACCUUCAGCUGGCCUAAACCUUGCCCUGCACCUAUCCAGCCUGCCCUGGCCUGGGGGGGUCUCUCUCAGGACUUUUGGUGCUUCACAAGCAGAACUUUCAGAAGAAUCUUGAGAGCUGGCUACUGUUGUCCCCUCAUAGUUUCCUUCCUGUCACUCCUCCCUGGUGUUUAUCUUCCACUGUUCCUUCUGAGCAGCUUGUCUUAUACUGAGCUCCUCACCUCAGGAAGAAACUCAGCUGAAAGUGGAUUUCCUGGCCUUUAUACACACACACACACACACACACACACACACACACAAACACAAAGACAAAACAGCUAACAGGAGACCGUCUCACAGAGGCCCCUCUUGCAGCCAUUACUUGCACUACUGUUCCUGUUCCCAAGCUACCAGGUGCUGUUGGAAGCAGGGGGUAACCAGUAAUAGGAGUGUAUGUAAUUCUAUAAUCUUGUUUCUACUUUUGUGAUCGCCCUUCUUCCUCAAAGCCAGUCUUCAGGGUCCACAUGGAUAAAGCUUCCCAAUGUUUUAGUACGUUGCUGAAGUGCAAAUUUACGCUGCGUCACAUUUAUUGUGACGUGUUCUAAUCAUAAGACUUGCAACUGUUUUUACAGAGGGUGAAAUGAUGAUUAAAGCAGCAGAAUCUCCUCUAAAUGCUUUGAUUUUGAGAGUUACAGUUAAUUCUGAACGAACAGCAUGACUCUUCAAUGAUAUUAGGAGUAAAUGCUGAGAUGUUUUUGUCAGAACUUGUGUAAAUUUGUGGCUUUGCUCACAAUUUGGCCAAGCUGAGAAGAACUUCUGUUUUAUGCAUCCAACCCUGGCCUUUUAUUGCAUUUGUCCAAUCAUUAUGCACCCUGUUUUGACCCGUAUGCCUUUGCUCAGCCCCAGUAUGCCCUAAUCUCCAUUGAUGCCUUUGCCCCUAUCACAAAACCUCACAUGAUCCUCCUGUUAUCAUAUGACUGCUCUUAUUUAACUGUGAUUCUGAACCAACCAAACCAGAAAUUCCUGUUGUGGCCCUGUGAGAGCAUGAAAACGACACCUUUGGUGCGUGACAGUUUAUAAGCUCUUUGUUCUCUGAAAUUCUCUUGAAAUCAUUGUGCAGCCGACUUAUGCGGCCUAGAAAACAACUCUUGUCUAUGUGUAACGUGGGCUCAAUGGUGAAAAAAUGACAUGAAACACUGCUCUCUUAUUUACAGUAGCAGUUACUGUAUAGCAGCAAGAAAAGCUAAUAGCUGGAAAGGCAGCUAACGUCUAUUCAAUCAUCUCUAUUAGCACAGUCAAUAUAAUGUGUACUGAACAUAAAGGACAAAGAUAACGUGUACAGCUUGUAGCCUCUAUAUAGAUGUUUUUUUAAUCAAAGAAAUUUCAAUCAGUGCAUUAAGCUAUUCAGUCGUGUUUCUGGAGAGGAUUUUGGUCCGUUAAAUAAGUUUGAUUGUAGCUGUGGAAUGUCAGACUGAUUAUGGUUUGGGAUUUGGAGUCCCAUUCUACCCAUUCACAAACCAUUAAGCUGAGUCUGCUGGUCUUAAGUGCACUUGUGUUAGUGAAACAUUGUAUUGUGCUCUUAUGGCAAUUCCAUAAAACGUACCGGAGCCAUAACAUGCCAAAAGAAAAAAGCAUAUUUUCUAAGGAAGGUUAAACUGCACGGUGCAGUCACUAUUAUCAUUUCUUCCUGGAGCUCAACACUUUGGUGCUUGUUAACCUACCAGUGCUCCACAUGAAGAGACUGUAUAACUGACAGCAUGAUGCUUCACAUAACUGGAUUGUCUCUGUUGAUCCAGCAGACACGUACUUAAUACGAACAGUAGGCUACUGGCAAUCUUAACUUAGCUCGAGCAACAUUGGUGCUUUUGGAUAAACUCAAAAGUAGAGUACUUCUGCAUGUAGCAGUACACUGCAAUCACCCUCAGAUCUUUGUCACUUAGCAUUAUGGGUACAUUAGGUUUCACUCUUAAAACCAACUAUGCGCAGUAAUGUAGAAAUCCAUUCAAAGCAGACAGACUGGCAGAUGUGUUUAUCUGUCUGAACCAAUACUGUCUUUGUGUCUGAGCCUCCCCAGGCUGCUUCUACUGACCUACAUCCAGACCUGUAUUCUCUCAUCAUCAUCAUCAUCAUCCAAUUCUCUCUCUGUUUUUCUCUCUCAGUCCUGCCGGUAUAUCUGGUUGAACACAGGCUGUGUUAUUAUUAUUUUUUUUUGAA